AUGCCAGCUUAUCCAGAACUUAUAUGUGGUGCAAGUGCAAUCUUUCACCCUUUGGCACCAAAUUAUGAAAAUGCCUUUAAUCCUUGUUUCUUAACUUGGAUAUUUACUGCCUUUUCACUUGUUAGUAUUUUAAUUGGUUCAAUAGCUUUAAUUAAUACAGUUAAUCAUAAUAUUCGUUAUGGUUCAUUUUCUCCUAAAUUUACAGGAUUAAAUCAUUACAUACGAGUCAAUUCAGUAGCUUUACAUGGAUUAUUAUUUAUUGUACUUUCUUCGUAUGUAAGUAUUCAUGAAAGAUUGGCUGAUACAAAGAUUUUGGCCUUUAGUUUAUUAUCAAUUGCUUUGCUUGGAAUUGUAUUACCUUUACAUUUCAUAGAAACAAGUUAUAGACCAAUUCCUUUUGAUUUCCUUUUAUUAUUCUGGCCAAUCUUCUUGGUUCUUCAAGCAUUAUUAUUCUUUCAAGAUAAUUUCACUGCAUGGAAACUUGUUAAACUGGUUGAACAUUCUUCAACAAUUUUUGCCAUUGAAACAUUCCUUCUUUUCAAUACAGUUUCAAUUUUCCUCAUGGAAAAUUCACAAGAAUUUUGGAAACCAAAUAAAGAAUUAUUAUUCCAAUUUACUAAGGAAGGUAAGUUUAAGGAAUUAGCUAAACAUAAUGUCAUUGAAAAAAUUACUUUCACUUGGAUGAAUCCUUUAAUCAUGAGUACUUAUGAAAAACAAUACUUAGAUGAAACUGAAUUACCAGAUAUUCCAGCUAAUGUAUCAACGGUUGCAAAUACAGAAAAUCUCAGUAAAUAUUGGAAUCCGUAUGAUAAUUCAAGUUUACCUAAGGCUAUAUUUAAAGCAUUUGGCCUCCCUUGUUUUAUUGCAAUUUGCUAUGAAUUUAUGGGAAAAUUAUUAAACUUUGUAAGUCCCCAAUUGCUUAGACUUUUCAUUAAAUUUUUUGAUGAUAAGCAAGCUCCUCUAUUACAAGGAGUUUUAAUUUCCAUCGCAAUGUUUUUUGUCACUGCUUUACAAACAUCAUUAUCAAACGAAUACUUAUUAAGAGCUUUGGUUGUUGGUUUAGGUUGUAGAUCUUCACUUACGUCAUUAAUUUAUCAAAAAUCUUUGAAAUUAUCAGCAGAAUCAAAAUUGAAAACUAGUUCAGGUGAUAUAAUAAAUUUAAUGUCUGUUGAUGUUAAUAGAAUUCAAAAUGUUACUCAAAAUUUAAGUAUCAUAUUUUUGGCUCCACUUGAUAUCAUUUUAUGUAUUGCUUCAUUAUGGCCAUUAUUAGGAAAAUCAGUUAUUUCAGGAAUUGUUAUCAUGUUCUUAUUAGUACCUUUCAAUUCAAUAAUUGUUAGAUACCUGAGAAAAUUAAAUAAGCAUCAAAUGAAAUUAAAAGAUAAUCGUUCAAGAAUCGUUAAUGAAAUUUUAUCAUCCAUUAAAUCAAUUAAAUUAUAUGCUUGGGAAAAACCAAUGUUAGCAAAAUUAAGUGCUUCUAGAAACGGUAAAGAAUUAAAAAAUUUAGCUAAAAUUAGAACUGUUGGUCAAUUUGGUGUCUUUAUUUGGAAUUUAAUUCCAUUUUUAGUAGCAUUUUCAUCAUUCGCAACUUUUGCUUUAACAAGUAAGGUUCCUUUGACUUCAGAUAUAGUGUUUCCAGCUUUAGCUUUAAUUAACCUUUUAUCAGGCCCAUUAUUAGAAUUGCCAAUGAUUAUCACUUCUAUGAUUGAGGCAUCUGUGGCACUUGGUAGAAUUUCAACGUAUUUAAGGUGUUCAGAAGUUGAUAAUACUUUUAUAAAUCAUAAUGUAAAUGGUGGUGACGCUGAGGAUAAUAAUGCCAUAACAAUCAAUAAUAGUUCCUUUUUGUGGUCAAAACCCAAAUACAACGAUAAUGAAGAAGAAGCUGUCGAGUCCUUUAAUUAUUCCCUUAAGAAUAUCAAUUAUUCUGUUGAGAAAGGUACAUUAUCAAGUGUUGUAGGAAGAGUUGGAAGUGGAAAAUCAUCAUUUCUUUAUGGAUUAUUAGGUCAAUUGGUUGUGACAAAAGGAAAUGGAGAGUCUGAUCCUUUUGUUAAUAUCAAUGGUAAUAUCGCUUAUUGUGCUCAAUCACCCUGGAUCAUGAAUUCUUCGUUUAAGGAGAACAUUAUUUUUGGCCAUAAAUACGAUGAAGACUUUUAUCAAAAGACCAUUGAAGCUUGUCAAUUAUUGCCUGAUUUGAAGGUAUUACCGGAUGGAGAUGAUACUCAAGUUGGAGAGAAAGGUAUCUCUUUAUCAGGGGGUCAAAAGGCUAGAUUAGCUUUAGCAAGAGCCGUAUAUGCUAGAGCCGAUAUUUAUCUAUUAGAUGAUGUAUUAAGUGCUGUGGAUUCUCACGUUGGUAAGAAGCUUUUAACACAAGUUCUCAGCAGAGAGACUGGAUUAUUGGCUAGUAAAACUAUUAUACUUAGUACGAAUUCUAUUUCUGCCUUAAAUUAUUCUGAUAAAAUUACCUUGAUAGCUAAGGGUGAAAUAAUUGAAGAAAGUACCUUUGAUGAUAUUAAUUUACAACAUCAUCCAAAAUUAUUUGAGUUGAUUUCUGAAUUCGGUAGGAGUGAUGUAUCUAAAACUCCUUCAGAUAACGUUCAAGAUUUGACUCCUGAGGUAACCAAUACAUACAAGACAUUAAGAAGAGCAAGUAUAGCAACUUUAUCUUACGAUCCACUGAAAAAAUUAGUGGCUGAUUUGAGAAGUGGCCAAAUAAGAGAAACCAGUGAGAAGGGUAAAGUCAAAUGGUCGGUGUACAUUGAGUAUGCCAAAGCAUGUUCUUUACUUGGUGUAUCUAUUUGGUUCACAUUAUUGAUUUUAGCAUCUUGUGUGUCUAUUGGUGGUAAUUACUGGUUAAAGCAUUGGACUGAACAGAACAGCACUGACCCUGCCAAAGCAAAUGUUUGGAAAUUCAUAACUGUUUAUGCUCUUCUUGGAUUUGGUGCUAGUUUUACAAGCAUCAUUCGAGGAAUGGUAAUGAUGCUUUGGCUAGGAUUGAAUGCUUCACGAAAAAUUCAUGAUAAGAUGGCUGCGAGAGUCUUAAGAGCACCAAUGGUCUUCUUUGAUAGAACUCCAGUUGGGAGAAUCAUGAAUAGAUUUACUAAUGAUAUUAACCUGAUAGAUGAUUCUAUUCCAGGGUCGUUGCAAGGUUUUGUUGCUCAAAUGAUGAAUACUCUUAUUACUUUUGGAGUAGUUGGUUACAUUAUGCCAUUCUUUAUUUUGGUUAUAUGUUUGUUAUCCACCAUUUAUUGGUAUUAUGAAUUAUUUUAUGUUUCAUUAUCAAGAGAAUUAAAAAGAUUAAUUUCUAUUUCUAGAUCACCAAUUUAUGGCCAUUUAGGUGAAACUUUAAAUGGUAUUGAUACAAUCCGUGCCUACAAGCAAUUCGAUAGAUUUGAUCAUAUAAAUAAUGCUAACGUUGAUUUCAACCUUAGAUCUGCCUAUUUAUUGAGAUCUAUUCAUAGAUGGUUAAUGUCGAGACUACAAGUAAUUGGUUCAAUCGGGUCUUUUUGUGCAUCAUUAUUGGCUAUUUAUACAGUCACGACUGCCUCACCAUUGACUUCAUCAAUGGCAGGAUUUGUUAUGACUUAUGCUUUACAAGUCACUAAUUCUUUGAGAUUAGUAGUCAGAAUGUCAGCCGAAGUUGAAACCAAUGUAGUUUCUGUUGAAAGAUGCUUAGAGUACACUGCCUUACCAGUCGAAAAAGGUGAAGAUGAUGAUUUUGACGAGAGCACAUUUGUCAAGCCACCUUUACACUGGCCCGCUGAUGGAGAAAUAAUCUUUGAUAACUAUUCUACUAGAUAUCGUGAAAACCUUGAUUUGGUAUUAAAGAAUAUUUCUUUACGUAUCAAAUCAGGUGAACAUAUAGGUGCGGUAGGUAGAACUGGUGCAGGGAAAAGUUCAUUAGCAUUAUCGGUAUUUAGAAUUAUCGAGCCUGCAGAUGGACAUAUUGAAAUUGAUGGUAUUAACACUAGUAGUUUGAAAUUGUAUGACUUAAGACAUAAUUUGAGUAUCAUUCCACAAGAUUCACAAUUGUUGGAAGGUACCAUUAGACAGAAUUUAGAUCCAUUCAACUACUACACUGAUGGCGAAGUUUGGAGAGCAUUAGAAUUAGCACACUUGAAAGAUCACAUUGAGAACUUAGAAGAUAAGAACAACGAGAUGGAAGAAGGAGCAUCUAAAUUAGAAUACAAAGUUCACGAAGGAGGAUUAAAUUUCUCGUCGGGACAAAGACAAUUGAUGUCGUUAGCCAGAGUAUUAUUGAAAAUGAACGAAUCACAAGUAUUGGUAUUAGACGAAGCUACUGCAGCUGUGGAUGUUCAGACUGAUAAGAUCAUUCAAGAAACGAUUAGAUCCGAGUUCAAGAACAAGACCAUCAUUACUAUUGCACACAGAUUAGACACUGUGAUGGAUAGUGAUAAGAUUAUUAGUUUAGAUCAUGGAGAAGUUAAGGAAUUUGAUUCACCUCAAAACUUACUCAAUAAGCAAGAUGGUAUAUUUUAUAGUUUAUGUAAACAAGGUGGAUACAUUUAG